AUGUCUGAUACCUCAGAACCAAAAAUACAAAGUGUGGAUAGUUUACCACAAACACAAAUCAAAAAAUCGUCCUCGAUAUCGUUCGAAGGCGAUAACGCAACAUCCAGCACAAAAAAGGCGCCAUCCAGACAAGCACAGCAAAAGAAGGUUGACGAAAGUUCCCCUUCGGUCAUCGCUAUGUCUAAUUUGAGAUGUCCCUCUCCUCCUCCUAUUUUACAACAUACUACCGCGCAGGGUAGUAUUCCAAAUUCAUCAUCUUCGGCAACAAGAGAGACUGCAGUGUCUCCUGGUCCGAUUUCCAAACCCGCGUUCCAGCUAGACUCUCCCACUGCGGCUUCGAACUCUGGUUCCACUACUGCAUUGGGUAGCAGUUCCCCUAAUAGCGAGACUGUUCCUGCUGGUGGUGCCUUACUGAAAAGUAAGGAACCACCGGUUUCACAACUCACGGAGUCUCUUAAGAAUUCUCUUGCAAAAUCCAAUGGAGUUGGCUCGGCGGUCUCUCCUGCUAACGGUAGUGACGGACUUUUGGAUAUGCCUGCUCCUCAGCACCAGAGGACAACGUCAAUGCACGCUCACUUUUGCGUGGAGGACAUACUGAAACAUCCAAACGUCAGAUCAAGAUCCGGGUCGGCGUCUACUAACGAUAUGGAAGCGCCGCAUGCCAUCCCUCCUCUUCCCCAAAUUAAGCCUAAUGAAAUUCCAAAGCCUGCUACAACACUUCCAAGCGCUCCAAGCGAUGUGAACCUUAGAUUACCUCAAGAUGAUGGCAAAUUACACAUUCUCUUCGGCGCAUGUGGCUCAGUUUCGAUCAAAAAAACGAGACUGAUAAUUAAUAAACUGGAGCAAAUUUAUAAAGACAAGGUUUCAAUUCAAUUGAUACUUACGAGAGCAGCUGAACAUUUUGUUUCUAGAGGAGAAUUUCCAAGCAAUGUGCAAAUAUGGAGAGACAAGGAUGAGUGGGCUGUUUGGAAUAAUCGUGCAGAUCCAGUGUUGCACAUUGAAUUAAGAAGAUGGGCGGAUGUUUUGGUUAUUGCUCCAUUAAGUGCCAAUACACUAUCUAAAAUUGCCAUGGGUUUAUGCGACAAUCUCCUCACAAACGUUGUUAGGGCUUGGAAUACACAGUAUCCAAUAAUUUUGGCCCCUGCAAUGGUCUCGUUUGCCUACACUUCUGCUGUGACCAAAAGACACGCAAAAACUAUUAAAGAGGAUAUGAAGUGGAUUGAAAUUUUGAAACCUACGGAAAAAGUGGUUAGCAGUUAUGGUGAGAUUGGAAUGGGAGGAAUGAUGGAUUGGAACGAAAUCGUUGAUAAAAUUGUACAAAAGCUAGGUGGUUAUCCGGAAGAUGAAGACGAGGAUGAUGAUGACACAAAUGAUAAGAACGAUGGCGAUGUGGAGGAGGAUGACGAUGUGGAUGAUGAUGACGACGAAGAUGAUGAUGUUGAUGAUGAUGAUGAAAACGACGCCGAAGUUUCGGGGGAUCCGGCGGACCCUCCGAUCAUUAGUGGGGUCAGGAAACUUACGGUAGCAGAAGAAGAUGAGCUUUCAGAAGCUCUGCAGAAGACCGAAAAAUCAACUCAAUAA